AUGGAGGGAGGGAACUUCUGGGGUAGUGCAGGAACCAGGAAGAAAGAUUCGAUGGGGUUGGAGGACGGGGAGGAAGAGGAAUGGCUGUGUGCGGGGCAAGGGGUCGUAGGAUUUCCGGCGAUCCCGCCGCCGCAAACGCCGAAGGAGCCCAUGGAGUUCCUGUCCAGGUCGUGGAGCCUCUCAGCCGCGGAGAUCUCCAGAGCCCUGCUCGCCGGUGGUAGGAAGAGGAACUUCGUCGUCGACCGGCUACCGGACAUGAUGAUUCCUGAGAUCUUUGCCCCGGUUCCCCCGCAGCACCGCCCGGUGAGUUUGAAGUUACUCUCAGAUCAGAAUUUCUUCAGAGGUUGACGUGCUUCUCUCUCCAAUUUUCGUUUCACUGCUCGACUGAAGCUCGGGUUUCUCCGCCAUGGUUGCAGAGAUUCGCUGAGGAGAAUUCCACGAUAGCCCGCCGCCGAUCGAUAGGGAGUUGGUUUCAGAGCAAGGAGUCCGGCCGCAGCAAGAUGAACAAAGAGAGGCUCCGGGCGGAUAAAGCCCGGAUACACGCCGAAGUAUCAGUGGCCGGACUGGCGGCGGCUGUUGCCGCCGUUGCAGCAAGACCUUACUCGAAUGAUCCGAAGAUGAGCAUCGCCAUGGCCUCUGCAACAGAGCUCCUGGCGUCGCAUUGUAUAGAGAUGGCGGAGCAGGCCGGGGCUGAUCACGAGCGGGUGGCCUCUGCGGUCCAGUCUGCGGUAAAUGUUAGGAGCGCCGGUGACCUAAUGACUCUCACGGCGGCGGCGGCGACAGGUACACUUGUUCGGGAACCUCCUCUUUCCGGCGAACCUGUUCGCCGCCACCUCCUCCCUCCCCUUCAUCUGAAGAUUCUGUCCGUUUCCUUCUUUGAUAGCUCUGCGGGGAGCAGCGGCGACGAAACUGAGGCUGGAGAGGGAUUGCCGGAACGACUCCACUGUGGCUCCAUGCGAGAAAGGCGGGCGAAUCUGUCCGGAUGCCUCCUCCUGCGAUGGGGACCUCUUCAAGCGCACACAGAAAGGUACCACAGCUGAAUCUCCGGUGCCGGGUUGCCGUCGCAAGGAUCCUACGUCGGAUUUCCUCAGACAGAGCUUCCUUUCUUCUGGCUUUCAGGUUCGAUCCAUCGGAAGCGAGUCUCCGUGUACGUCAACACGAAAUCACAGGUAGGGGACCUGAACUUGUUCGUCAGAAAUCUCUGGAUCUUAGUGGCGCCAUUUCCAACGGUCGAUCGGUUGCAGGUCAUCGUCCAGCUCAAGAGCAAGCACGCGGGAGGAGCGUUCUCGAAGAAGAAAAAAUGUUAGCUCUAACUCCUGCUGCGAGCUACAGUUUUCUCUCCUCGACUCUAGAAUCAGGCCGAUUUACCUUUGAUCUAUUCCAUUCAGGCGUUGUUUACGGCGUCUGCGGGGACUGCCCUGCGUGGCCCGGCCGGCGGGAGGAAGGCCCCGACGGAAGAAGCUACUUCGGGCUGAGAACAGCGCGGGGACUGCUGGAGUUCGAGUGCGAGACCAAGAUCUGCAAGCAGCGGUGGAUCGACGGGGUGGAGGGCCUACUCUCCCUCGCCGGUGGCAGCGGCGGAAUAGAGAAUUCGGUGGAAUUGCUGAGGAUCGCCUAG